AUGCCUUCCGCCACCAUGAAAGCUAUUCGCUCGGUUUGGACCUCGGAUGAGGGGUCAAUGGCUAAACAGACGGCUGAGACCCGAUGGGCCAAAAUCAUUCAGGGCACCGUGGACGAUAUGGGCGAGACAGCCGCCAUGGAGGAUAUUGACGACCAGAAAAGAGUGGAGAGCAUCGCCAUUCAGAUUGCCCUCAAGGACAUCAAGAACGAAAUUAUAAAGAACUAUGCCCUUACGUACGUACGUCUUCUCCAAGCGCUGAAAUGCAGAAACUCACGACCCGUCAGACUAUUGCAAGAUGACGGCAAGCCCGAUGUUCAAGAGUGGAACAAUCAGUUGGCUUCAAUUGGCGAGUGCAGUUGGAUCAACUGCCCUUGGCUCUUUGGAGAGUGCUACAUGUAUAGACGUAUCCAAGGCAUCUUCAACUCCUCAAAAUACUGGCAGGACUAUGAUGUUUUCAGGCGCCAAAAAGACUCUACCUUUGUCAAGUCAAGAGCUGCCGUGGAGGAGCUCGCCAGCCGUUACAUGCAGACCAUUGCCGAAAGUGGACUUGUCCAAGAUGAGAGCAAAGAAGAGGCUAAGAAGUUGCGUUUUAUCGAGAUGACGGAGGUCACCUUGUGGGGAAACGCCACAGACUUGUCACUCCUCGCUAAUCUGACUCUGGAGGACUUACAAAAAUUGCAAGGCCGAGAUGCCAUCCAGAAGAGCCAGCGCAACAUCGUCGACAAUGACACGGACGACGUAUGGGCGUAUCUUCGACGCACUGCCGGUCAGUCUAGUCGCCAGAUUGACAUUGUCCUCGACAAUGCUGGCUUCGAGCUCUUUACCGAUGUGCUCUAUGCCGCUUACCUGCUCGAUGCCGGCAUUGCUACCUCUGUCAGACUGCAUACCAAAGAAUCCCCGUGGUUCGUCAGCGAUGUCAUUCCCUCAGAUAUCGAGUCACUAUUCAAGCAUCUUGAUUCGUCCGAUUGCUUCCCAAGUCGCGAGUUUCUCGACCGACUCACCCCGAGACUGCUCAAGUUCUUCCAGUCGGGCGCGAUCACGACCACGAGCGACCCUUUCUGGACGACAUCGUUCUCGUUCCACGAGAUGCCGUCCAAGGCACCCGCUCUCCUCAAGGAGCUCCAGAACAGCUAUCUGGUCAUCUUCAAGGGCGACCUCAACUACCGCAAACUGACGAGGGAUGGAUUGUGGCCUCAUACCACGACGUACGAGGAGGCCCUGGGUCCCCUUGGAAAGCAGAGCGGCAUCAAGAUUUUGGCCCUUCGCACGAACAAGUCUGACGUUUGUGUUGGCGUCCCGACCCAGAGGGAGGUUGAUGCGUUGAAUGAGGAGGCGCCCAAUGGUGCCUGGAUCCAAAACGGAAAGUAUGCCGUGAUAUCGUUUAAUGAAGGCCAAUGA